ACAGAGCCUGCUUCGGCCGCAUGAACGCCUAACCGACGAAUAUCUAGAACCCCCGGGUAGGCUCUUGACACCCUUUUUUCUUUUUCCCCCAAUAGCUUCGCAUCUUUGUGCUGUAAUUUUUGGUUCCGACAAUUUUCCCACUCGCAACCUCAUCCUCAAUUAUGUCCUCAAAUGUCAGCUCCGAUCUCAUCUGGGCCAUCACCAGGAAUAAUUCGUCUUAUAUUGUCAAGCGUGGACCUGUCAAAGACCAGAUAAUCUUCACCAGGGAGCCUCUGAGUCUCACUAACCAGCACACACGCAAGCACUCUGGACUUGUGAACGAGAAGGCCGUUGGUGUUCAAGCUGGAGAGAAUGGAAAUGUUGUUUUAAUUACGAAGAAGAAUGCUGAGAAGCAUGGAGACAAGCCCGCCUCCCUAUACAACAAGACUACCUUCCGCAAGUACAAGAGCAACCGCAAGAUCUACUCUGCUAUUGCCAAUGCCGUUGCCAAGAAUGUUUACCGUGCUAAUCGAUUUAUAGGCCGCUGUUGCCCGUGCUAGCGCCAUCAAGAGAUCGCAGAGACCCGUUAAGGCUGCUCCGGAAUCUAAGCCCAGGGGCGUUAAGGCCAAGAAGGCAGCGGAGGAGAGGGCUUCGUAAGCUUAGGCUUUGAGCUACGGUUCGGAGGAGAGAGUCGAAGGUGGGAUUUUACGAACUAAUGGACCCGUAAAUAAACCGGAAUAUUUCAAAAAUAAAAAAUUUUCCGUCCA